AUGGCCACGGUUCCAAUCAGUACAUCUUUCGGACGUCGCCCGGUUUAUCUCGCAUCCCAACUCAUCAACUUCGGUACCUCGAUAUGGCGCGCCAAGGCCAACUCCUACAACUCCUUCAUGGGCGCAUGCAUCCUCAAUGGCAUCGGCGCUGGACCGGCCGAGACCAUCAUGCCCGAGAUCAUCGCCGACAUCUUCUUCUUGCACGACCGUGGGAAGUGGAACACUCUUUACUGGGUAGUCUACAUGGGCUCGCUGAUGGUCGGUCCCAUCGUGUCUGGAUCAAUGACUGAGACGGUCGGCUGGCGCAGCUUCUGGUGGCUCAAUACCGGCAUCCUCGGCCUCUCGUUCUUGAUGGUGGUCUUUAUGUUCCCAGAAACAAGGUUCAAGCGCGCGUUGCCCGAGCACUUGGGACAGAAGAAACCCAGUUCACUAGAAGAGAAGACACGAGCGACUACCCAGGAAGAUAUCAACCACUCCGACAGCGAGAAAGAGACAAAUCCAAUCCAGCACAUCAAUACAGCUAACUCCGUCCUGCCAAACACGGCGGGCCUAGAGAUGUCCGAGACAGCUCAGCGAGACCCCUUUCUUGGCCGCGGCAAACCUGGCAAAUGGCAGUGGAAGAUCUUCCAACCAAACGCCCAUCCGUUCCGUUCCAUCUUUCUCGACCUUUGGAUUCCCUGGAAACUGUUCGCUUUCCCCAUCGUCGAAUUCGCCGCUUUCGUCGUCAGUUGGUCAUGCUCCAGCUUCCUCACCAUCAACCUCACACAAAGCCAAGUCCUCGCCCUACCUCCCUACAACAUGAAGCCAAUGACGGUCGGAUUUACCAACUUUGCUAUCAUGAUUGGGGCAUUCAUUGGACUCUUCACUGCUGGUCCGCUCAGCGAUUGGGUUUCUGCAAGGAGCACCAGGAAGAAUAACGGUAUUCGUGAGCCAGAGAUGCGGUUACCAGCUAUGAUACCCUAUGUCGUCAUCAUGUUUAUCGGUAACAUCGUCGUCGCGAUAGGCUAUGAGCGCAAGUGGCCCUGGGAAGCCAUCAUCGUCAUUGGCUACACAUGCGCUGGUAUACAAGUUGCAGCGCUCCCAGGCAUCGUCAGUACAUAUGCUGUUGACUCGUACAAGCCCGUUGCAGGCUCGUUAUUCGUCGCCAUCACCGUCAACAAGAAUCUUUGGGGCUACGGGUUUGGCAAGUUCAUCACGCCGUGGAGUGAAGAGGUUGGAUUUAUCUCGCCCAUUAUGACAAACGCGGCUCUUGUUACGCUCUGGUGCUCGUUCGGUAUUCUCUUUUGGUGGAAGGGCAAGACGUUCCGUCGCUGGAGCAAGAACAGCAGCGUUCACCGACUAGGCGCUUUGUAG